AUGCCUUCUCUCCUUGGGCAUGUCGAGACAAAUGGCAUGCUGUCAGAAGCAAAUGGUCAUCCCAGGCCCGAAACGCCCGUUGGCCGCAUGGCUCUGACCGACUACAGCAUCAACCCCUCGCCGUCAUCGGAGGAGAAGAGAGCCAAGCUACUACAAGCGGUUCCCGACGAUCUGUUGCUUCCCAAUGGCUAUCCCGACUACCUUCGCAUGAUUGCCAGCGCCACUUCCAGAGUCUACGAGGCGUGCAAACUAACACCUCUUACCCCGGCAAUCAACCUCAGCAACCGGCUCGAAUGCAAUGUUCUCCUCAAGCGAGAGGAUACGCAGCCAGUAUUUAGCUUCAAACUGCGCGGCGCAUACAACAAGAUGGCUCACUUGGAUCCUGCGCGGAGCUGGAAGGGUGUUGUCUGCUGCUCCGCCGGCAACCACGCCCAGGGCGUUGCCUACUCGGCGAGAAAGCUCAAGAUCCCCGCCACCAUCAUCAUGCCUGAGGGGACACCCAGCAUUAAGCACUUGAAUGUUGCGAGACUGGGCGGCCAUGUGGUGCUGCAUGGUGCUGACUUUGAUGCUGCCAAGGAGGAGUGCGCCAGACGGGAAAAGCAGGACGGGCUCAUCAACAUUCCCCCCUUUGAUGACCCAUACGUCAUUGCCGGCCAGGGAACUAUUGGAAAUGAGCUGUUUGGACAAGUAAACAUGUCCAAGGUUGAGGCCAUCUUUUGCUGCGCCGGCGGCGGCGGUCUCAUUGCCGGCAUUGGCUUCUACGUGAAGCGCAUGGCUCCCCAUGUCAAAAUCAUUGCCGUCGAGGCCUACGAUGCAAAUGCCCUGGCACAGUCAUUGACAAAAGGCGAGAGAGUUGUGCUCAGCGAGGUCGGGCUGUUUGCUGACGGCGCCGCCGUCAAGACGCUGGGCGAAGAGACGUUUCGCAUCUGCCAGGAAGUGGUGGACCAAGUCGUCGAGGUGACGACGGAUGAGAUUUGUGCUGCCAUCAAAGACAUGUACGACGACACGCGAUCCGGCCUAGAACCAGCGGGGGCAAUGUCUAUUGCCGGCCUGAAGAAGUACGUUUCCCAGCACCCGUCCCAAGACCCGAACCGUACCCUGGUUGCCGUGACGUCCGGGGCGAAUAUGAACUUUGACCGCCUUCGAUUUGUUGCCGAGCGUGCUGCCGUCGGUGAAGGCAAAGAAGUUCUCCUGGCCGUCACCAUCCCAGAGAGACCGGGUGCGUUUGCCAAACUCGUCGAUACCAUCAUGCCCUAUGCCGUCACCGAGUUCAACUAUCGCUUCGCCGACCAGAACGUGGCCAAUGUGAUGAUUGGCUUGUCCUUGACGGCCCCCCCGGCUAAAAGACGCGAAGAGCUCUGCAUGCUUAUCGAGCGCAUUCGUGCCGAAGACAUGGUGGUGACGGACCUUUCCGGCGACGAACUUGCCAAGAGUCAUCUCAGGUACCUCGUGGGUGGUCGUUCUGGCGUGGCCAACGAGCGGCUGUAUAUGUUUAGCUUCCCCGAGCGACCCGGAGCAUUGGAACGGUUCCUCAAAACCCUCAGACCCAGAUUUACCAUAAGCCUUUUCCACUACCGGAACUAUGGUGGUGAUAUUGCCAAGGUCCUGGCGGGAAUCUCGUGUCCAGAGGAAGACAGUGGCGAACUAGCCGAGUUUCUCAGAGAUGUCGACUAUCCGUUUGAGGAGUGCACGAACUCGGAGGUCUUCAAGACAUUUUUGAGAUCGUCGAAAAAAUAA